UCGCGCACCAAUACUCAACUGAAGAAUACGAAAAACACGGAAGUUACCUCGAAAGCGCCAAAAAUCGAAAUACCAGACGUGAAAUAGUUAGCUACUUAUUUGCUCCGUAGUCAACAACACAAUUUCAGUGACAAUGACGGAGAACACUUUCCCAGUGUAUAAAGUGGACGCCAUCGUAACCUUUUUCCGCACUGAGGUCCUUACCGGGCAGGAGGCAAAACAUUUCACUAAGAACGACCUUGCCCCGAGCCCAAAGCCAGAUGCAGUACAGAGACUGUACAUGAGGAUACUGCAACUCCUGUACCGAUUCAAGCCUGAGUGUCAUUACAUGGUCCCAUUCUCUGAGAACAUCCAGCAUCCACAGCUCCAUGAGUGGCCCACUGCUGUCAUGAGUGUCUACCUGAGGAUGCGCCAGUUCCUGCGGAUGUGCUAUGUGUAUGACUUCUCACUGAAUGACCUGCUGGCUCCCAAGGUGAAGAGGACGGUGACCAUCCUGAGUGGCAUCAUGAACUACCUUCACUUCAGGAAGCAGAGGCUGGAUAUGACUAUGGGACACCAGGAGAGAUUUAGAGAAGACAUGGACAAGCUUCAGGCUUACUCACGAGGAACUAAAGACGCUCAGAAGAAAAUGGACAAGCUGACUACCAUCCCCCCAGAGCAGCAGGCUGAAGCGAGGGAAUUGGACUCUGCUCUCUCUGACCUGCAGACCAACACCAUGCACCAAUACCAGGAAGUGAAUGCUAUCAAUGAGAAUAUCGCCGAGUGGAAAACUGAGAUGGCAGAGAAGUCCCAAAAGUUGACCCAGUUGAAGGUUGAUGUGGCCACUCUGAAGGAGAACAUCGGUAAGCUAAAGUCUCAGAUCGUUGAGUCACCUGAAGAGAUGAAGAUUCAGAUGGAGAAGAUGAAGGAAAACGUGAAGAACAUCAAGCUGGCCAUCGAGACGGCAGACGAGCGUCUGGUAGGGCUGCAGAGUAAUGUCCAGGGUGUGACUCACAGCGAGGCGGACAUCCAGCUGAUAUUUAAACUGCUGCAGGACCUCCAGAGCUCCAUGAACAAGACCCAACAGCACCAGGUAGAGGCCCAGGCUCUGGUGUGUGUGUAUGAGGCACAGCAGAAGGAACUGAAGAACCAUGGUGUGGAGGAGGGCCAGCUGAAGAGAUCGUUAGGGAUGAAGAUGGACAAGGAGUCCAAACAACAGAUACGGCGACAGAAGAAGAAGGAGAUUAAGGAUCAACACAUUGAGGAUGUACUGGGUCAGUGUGACAAUGUUCACCAGAAGAGGGAGCAGAUAGCAGACCAGAUCCAGGAGAGAGACAGAGAGACUCAACACCUCCGCAGUCAGAUGAACAACCUGAGGGACACCUGCAGUCAGGAGACUGAGAAAGCACAG